AUAGGUCCCUGCCCCAGUGGUUGGACGCAUUUCAAAAGCUACUGUUACUUUGUGAGUAGCGCACUCAAAAGUUGGCAAGCUGCUCGAACGUACUGCAAAAGCAAAGGCGGAGAUCUUGUGAAGAUCAACAGCGAUGAAGAAAACGAGUUUGUUCUGAACUUGGUUUAUAAACACGCCCCGUCGACGAAACAGGUUUGGAUCGGACUGAAGUGGGACGCACACCUGAGCAAGUUUGAAUGGGCUGACAAUGCGCUUCCAAAAUACACCAACUGGAACCCUGGUGAACCGAACGGACAAGCAUCAGAACCAUGCGGCAACAUGUGGACUGGAAAUGCCGUUUGGUCUAGUGGUUAUUGGAAUGACCUCGGCUGCUUGAAUCGUGCGUACCCCUGUGGUCUUGUCUGCAAGAGGCUGCCCUAGGCUGCAUCCACCGUCCAAGCCGAAAGUAGAACGAUUAAGUAACCUGGCUUUCUAUAAAACUAAAGAGCAUUAAAGCUAAACAUCAAAACAGUUAACUUUAACAAUAAAAUGUGUACAUGUAAAGUCGGCUUGAAAAUAAAACAGUAAAAUCCAUCUUAUCUGUUUUCCCAUUUUUGGUUGUUUCGGUUGGUUGGACUAGUUACCCAAUUGAACAUGUGUAGGGGAACCUUCUUGUAACGUAUUUGGAAAUUUCACUUUUUAAGAUUCCACAUAUACAUACAGUCAUAAUAAUACAACAUGGCUUCGGCUUUGAACAACGCAAAGUGAAUGAUGGAUCAGUCCAUAAAACUGAGUCACAUAAAAGUUUUUGUUAACGUCUUGUCAAGGAUUAGAGACGAUACAUCGCUUUACGAAAAUAUGCGAAUUGAAUAACUUUACGUGAGAUAACGAGACCACUAUAAAUAGUUUUAACAGUCGAAGGAAGUCGUUUUAAUUUGGAAUCAAAUUGUACAAACUAAAAAACAGACACACUUUUGCCAACUUACUGUAGGGAUACCAGGAAUGACAAUGGAACGAUAAAAUUCAAUCACAAACAUUGCCUGUGAAACUGAACAAUGCCCAAGAAUAAAAGAUGUUGAACUUUUUAACGAUGACAAUUAUAGUCCUAUGUACAACUUAUCAGUCAUUUUAGAGACGUUCCGACGGUACAUCGCUCAACAUCAGUGUUAAAAUGAUGGUUUACUUUGCAAGUCAUCAACAUGGUAGAACUUCGUCCUCCCUUGAGGAUCAUAGUGGAAGAAUGCAAUUUCUUCUAUCCCUGAUUCCGGUUGUUUCUCGUGUUCAAGGAAACGGGGGAUGCAGACCUUGACGGGAAUUUAAGAGGUGGGGACGUUUUUACGGAAACGAAGCAGUCGAAGUACCUCCCGUCUGGUCCCUGCGCUACUUUACAUAACGUAUGUGGCUUCUCUAGUUCCACCAUUAAAUUAUUUUCAUCUACUAAAAGAUCACUGCAUGAUGGUUUCUUAAUCCCUUGACUGAUUAUCUCAUCUACUUCAGGUUUCACAAGUAGAUAAGAAAAGAUGAAAUAAGUCAAUCAACUAUCUCAUGUGUCGCAUUUGACACCAAUUAAAUCUUUUCCUCCUCUUCUGGUGCUAAAAUGAAUACAAUGCCAUUAAUUCAAUUAUUAAUCAUUAUUUUAUUCACUUCAGUUAUCUCAGUUUGCUCACCAACCUAGCAAAUAUUAAAGCGAGUUUUUGAUAUGUACCCUCCCCUUAGAUCCGCCCCUGACCGGGGAAGCCUUUAAAAGAGUGUGAAGGAUGGCUAUACUGAGGUCUUCAUUUGUAAUACCAAGCUAAGUUUCUUUUUCCAAAAAAAGAGAACUAAUUCCAUGAUGGCAGUUAAAAAAAUUACUUUUGUUCUAUAUACGGAACGAAAUGAGAAAUGAUUCGGGGUCUGACUUAGACAGGAUUAGGGUUUGAAGGCCUCUUGGUGGGUGGAACACCUCCACCCCCAAACUUCCGUUGAGGGUCCCCCCUGGGACGAUGUGUAUGUGACGAUAUUUACUUACUUUGCUUCAAUAAAGGUUGGCCUUUAUUUCCAUACAGGAGCAUUGUCAAACUUGUUAGCAAACAUCACCCAUUAUGGCUCUUGCCAAUUGAUCUGUCCAAAUAUACUAGGUUGUGCUAGAUAGUCAGGCCGCAUCAACUCAUCAACAUUUUGUUCAGAGGUCUUCCUGCCCCUUUAAACUCCUUAAUCCCCCUCAGCUUUAUCCGUGUUCCUUUUACCUUUUCUCGUACCGGAAGGCCUUGCUAACGCUUAAUCUACCUGUGAACAUUAUAUGGCGAUUAUAGUUGUACGCUAUUCUGUACUUCCGUGUUUCCUUGAAUGAUUUUUGCCCAAAAGCUGACGCUUAUACCAACAACAAGAGAGGAUGAAGAGCUUUAUCCUCUCUUGCAGGAGCUCCUGUCUCUUGCCAACAGCUAAUCGAGGAGGGCGCUAAAUGAUUUCUUGGCUAACCGUAAAUUUUCAUGUAAAAAUAUUUUAAUAAACAAAUCAAUAAAUGAGUACCACACGAAGUGAUACACAAAAGACUAUUCUACUUUAUUAUUGCUGGUGCAGUUUAAGUUAAAGAAAUAAUAAAUGUGGGAAGACACCUUCUUUGUGAGUACUACAAAAAGUAUACAAGUGCUUCUGGUGCUAUUUAAGAAAGUGGUGGUAAAGGGACCGCUUAUUCGAGAAAUAGGGUAUUUUCAGUCGAACCUUUAUUUACACUGAUGUGUUGACAUUUCCUAUGUUACUAGAUGUCUGACUGCUAAAAAGGAGAAGGUGGCUAUCCAUAAUGUUAUCCAUCAGUAUAUUUGCCUUAAUUUAAAAAAAAUUGCUAUGCUAUCUAUACUCUAAUCAAAGAAAAUUUGCCAGGGAAAGAACUUCCUAUUGUAAAUAAGGCUUUAGACGGAAGUUGUUGGACCUUUCAACCUCCUAUCUCCCUAAAUAAACAAGAUUCUUUAGUGAAACGUCAUUAUGCAAAACGAAUUUAUGUCAAGUUAUUCAGGGCAGUCUUAUAGAGUGCACAUGUGAUAUAAAAAUGUACAAAAAAGACAUCGCACCGAAAGGUUUUGGCAAAAGAGCUAUGGGCUACCUGCAAUUUUUAGUUUGAGAAACGUUAGCGAAAUUAUUCCGCUAUCGUUGAAAGCAAGACUGUGAGAUCUUUAAAACUAAAAUUAUAGCAAUCCGCCUAUAAUUUUCAACGAUACUGCGUCAUGUUUACUUCCCUAGCUUGAUCUUGUUUUAUCUUGUUUAGAGGGAUGUUGACAAUUAAAUCAGCUUCACCAAGAUUUUCUAUGAGUCAUCCAUUCUAGGACUGUAAGAAAGAAGGACCCGCUAACACCACACAUCGAACAUAUCCAGCCCUGAGACUUUUAACUAAGAUGAAACUGGUUACUACUGCACCGCUUUUCGUUGCGCUCUUAUGUGUCACUGCAGGUAUAUAAUAUGCGUUAAGUCAGUCGUAAAAUCAAUUCGCCGGGUCUUCAAAUCUUGAUGCCACUUCUGUAAAAUUUUACGAGAGCCCGGAUUGUAUAGGCUGGUCUCUUUUGCUUUCUUGGUUCGUAUAUUUUGAAACACGCAAAGCUCACUCCAAGCAAGAGAGAAAUGACCAAGUUUUCAAAGAGUAAAAUUGAGUACUUCAGGUCAAGAUCAGAGUAAAAAAUUCAUUAAAUCUGGCUUUCAAACUAAAUUGCUACGACUGAAGCAUGCAAGUCGGGCCGCUUUACGUCUCCCUAGUAAAGGCAGAAUCUUAUGCCUCAGAUCUAGAAGCCCGGCUACGUGCAAAAAAUCUGAGUGAUUCAAAUGACAACAGUACGUAUAGGUCCGGACAAUAUACACUGGUUUAUCUGUCUACGCUUUUGACUUUACGAAAUUCAAAAUACGAUACUCGCAACACGGAUGACACACAUCAAAAUCACGCGAUGGGAUGGUUGUAGUCAGCCUUCCUUGAAAUAACAGGUUUAAGUUGGAAGACAUUUGUAACUCUUGCAGACACAUUAGAAGAAAACUUUUUCUCACGAGGUUUUUUAAUUGUGGGUUUAAUUUCUUUUUCAGCUCGGUCAGAUAAUAAACACAAGAGAGAUGCCACUGAUAUCGCUUUUCGAAUAAUUAGUAAGGAACUGACUUUUUUUUUUUCAUUUUCCGGUAUAUUUAUUUUUGUAUUUUCAGAUCACAAUUUUUGUACUUUGUAGUACAGUAACAGGCAAUAACCAAUUCCAUUUUUUCAUUACCAAUUAUAUAGGUCCCUGCCCCAGUGGUUGGACGCAUUUCAAAAGCUACUGUUACUUUGUGAGUAGCGCACUCAAAAGUUGGCAAGCUGCUCGAACGUACUGCAAAAGCAAAGGCGGAGAUCUUGUGAAGAUCAACAGCGAUGAAGAAAACGAGUUUGUUCUGAACUUGGUUUAUAAACACGCCCCGUCGACGAAACAGGUUUGGAUCGGACUGAAGUGGGACGCACACCUGAGCAAGUUUGAAUGGGCUGACAAUGCGCUUCCAAAAUACACCAACUGGAACCCUGGUGAACCGAACGGACAAGCAUCAGAACCAUGCAGCAACAUGUGGACUGGAAAUGCCGGUUGGUCUAGUGGUUAUUGGAAUGACCUCGGCUGCUUGAAUCGUGCGUACCCCUGUGGUCUUGUCUGCAAGAGGCUGCCCUAG